AUGGCUGAAGGAUAUUUAGUAUGGAAUUUACUGAUUUUGGAAGAAAGAAUUAGAAUCAUGGAAAGAAAAAUUGAAAGAAGAUUAUUGCAUGAUGCGCAAAAUCCUCUUGAGCUUCUUUACAAUGAAUUUCAUGCAGCUUUCCGAGUUAAUAAAGAAUUACUUAUGAAUCUUACAAAUAUAUUAAGACCACAUUUACAACCAGAACGUAGAAGUGGUUUAGCUCUAGAAAUUCAAGUAUUGGUAGCAAUUCAAUUUUUCGCUAAUGAAAAUUACCAAAGACCAGCAGGAAAUCAAUGUGAAUUUGCUCUAAGUCAGCCAUCCACCAGCCGUUGCAUACGAAAAGUAACACGAUUAAUAAAUAUAUAUUUAUUACAACAAUGGAUAAAAUUUCCAAUAACACAACUAAAGAGAACUAUUGUACAAGACAAAUUUGUACGUGCUCUUCAACCUUUUCCUGGUGCCAUUGGUGCUAUAAAUUGCACUUAUAUUAAUAAUCUGGUCCCACGUAUACAUGAAGAAGCAUAUGUUAAUCACCAUGGAAAUCAUUCUCUAAAUGUACAAACAAUAGUCGAUCCGAACCUAAAAAUAGUAAAUAUUAAUGCACGAUAUCCGGGAGCAAGAAAUGAUGCCUUUAUAUGGAACGUUUCUCCAAUUAGACGUGUAAUGGAAUAUUUUUAUAACAACGGUGUAAGAAGAACUUAUUUGAUAGGAGAUGAUGGAUAUCUUUUGCAACCUUGGAUUAUGACACCAUUACCACAUUUUCCUCAAUGGAGUCGACAGUAUCAUUACAAUGAAAAGCUGUGUAAAGCACGAAGUAUUGUUGAAAGAUUCUUCGGAGUAUUUAAAGGAACAUGGAGGUGUCUGUUAUAUCAACGUGUAUUAAGGUAUACAUCUGAAAUUGCUGGACAAAUUGUAAAUGCGUGUGCAGUGUUGCAUAAUAUGCGUUUACAUUAUCGGCUACCAGUAGAUAUAAACGAAGAUGAGAUCGUAAAUGCACCUGCAAAUGUACAUAUAGAACAAGAAGCAGGAGAAGAAGCAGUGAUUCGUAAAGGACCCAGAGCUAUUGCGCAGCGUAUUCAAAAUCAAAUAAUGCAAGAGUGGUUUCCCAAUUAUCGUUCUGCACGAGAUAAUGAAAAUAACUGA